AUGGUACUCCUGCAGGCGCGAAAUUCAGAAAAAGCGCAAUCAAUGCUCUUCCGCUUCCGCGAAGCGCAAGCAGCAGACCUCGGAAUCAUCGACGCAGGACGAACGCGACGCCCCAAGAUGAUUACCGAAGUAAUGGCCAUUCCAGCGUGCGAAAAAUGGCGCGGCCAGGUCCUCAAAGAGAUCUCGCGGAAAGUCAGCAAGAUUCAAGACCCCAGCUUGAGCGACUUCAUGAUCAGGGAUCUGAAUGAUGAGAUUAAUAAGGCGAUGAGGGAAAAGCACAUGUGGGAGGUGCAGAUUCGGAAUCUGGGAGGCCCGAAUUAUAUGCGCGGGGGUGGGAAGGUGUAUGAUGAGGAGGGGAGGGAGAUUCCGGGGAGUGGGAAGGGGUAUAGAUAUUUUGGGAGAGCGAGAGAACUUCCGGGUGUGAAGGAGAUGUUCGAGGCGGCGACACCGAAAGCGAGAGAAGAUAAGCCGCUGGAUGCGCGAGCCGAUCUUAGAAAACAAGUAGACGCCUCAUACUACGGCUACAAUCUCGACGAGGAAGACGGAACGUUGUUGGAAUACGAAAUGCAAAAAGAGAAGGAGGCUUUUGAGAAUCUUCUAGCAGGCCAGGAUAGAGAAGCUCCGCCUGGAUGGGAACCAUUGCCAGGGGAUUCUGGAGAUGGGGAGGGUUGGAGAUUACCAACGGCCGAUGAGGUUCAAGAGGAGUUGGUAGAGAGGAGACGUAGGAGAUUACUUGACAAGUUGGGGUAG